CAAACAGGAAGUUGGGGUUGGGGGUGUUCCGGUGAUGGGGAAUGGCUGCGAGUUUAGAAGAUAUGAGACGCAAAUAAAGACCGUCUAGUUGCUCUACAAAGUGUUGUUUGAAUCCUUACGCCCGAAACGCGACAUGGUGUCAGAAGUGGAUCGACUGUAAGAGCUUACUCGCCGGGGAUUGAGAGUAGGUCGUGCUGGGAGAAAAAGUAGCCCUCGCCACACGCAGAAAGAUGUCGGAGGGUAACGCAGGAGCUAACGUGGCGACUCCACCGCACCAGCAACAGGCUAAUCCGCCCCCGAAUGCCACAUUCACCAUUCAGCCUCCUGAAGCAUUUGAUUUUUCAAGGCCACAGCAAUGGGAGAAGUGGAUACGGAGGUUUGAAAGAUUCCGACUUGCUAGCAACCUGCACCUGAGUUCGGAAGCUAAUCAAGUGAACACGCUCAUCUACUGCAUGGGGGACGAAGCAGACGACAUACUUCGAGGUCAAGCUUUAUCGGACGCGCAGAGGCAUCAGUACCAAGCAGUAAGAGACACUUUAGACAUAUAUUUUGUGCCCAGAAAAAACAUAAUUUACGAGAGGGCUAGAUUUAACCAAAGAGUACAGCAAGUUAAUGAGACUGUAGACUCAUUUGUCACUGCCCUGUACGCGUUGGCCGAAAACUGUAACUACGGAGCCUUGCACGAUGAGUUAAUAAGAGAUCGUCUCGUCGUGGGACUGAGAGACACCAGUUUAGCUGAGAGACUCCAAAUGGACAAAGAUUUGACGCUGGAAAAAGCCGUGAACCAAGCCCGGCAGUCAGAAGUCAUCAAGAGGCAGCAAACCGAUAUAAGAGGGGAAAAGAAAGCGGACCUAGAUGCAGUGUCAGUGAAAUACAAGAGAGAAAAGCAUUCUACGUACAAAGCCCCAAGUCUACCAAAACACAAAAUGGCUAAAUCACCAAAUGAGAGUCAGUGCUACAGAUGUGGUAGAAGCCCAGCACAUGGCAAAGGACAGUGCCCAGCGAAAGAUGUAACCUGUCAUACAUGCGGUAAAAGAGGACAUUACAGUAAAGUAUGCAAAUCUGUUAAAAAUGUACAUAUGAUUGAAACAGAGAAAUGUAACGAGACACCUAUAUUCCUUGGUUCAGUACAUGCAGGUUCAGAUCCUUGGUAUGCAGACAUAACCAUCAGAAACCACACAGUCAGGUUUAAAAUAGACACUGGAGCUGAUGUUUCUGUUAUCCCAGCCCAGAUGUACUUUUGUAUAAACCAAAAUGAAACAGAGCUGUGUAAACCAGAUAGACCAUUGAUUGGACCAGGUGGCACUCCGCUCAAUGUUUUAGGUAUGUGCAAAGAAACACUGUGUAAAGGUGAACAAAAGAUUCAGGAAAAUGUGUAUGUUAUCAGAGACUUACACAUGGCGCUGUUAAGUAGGCCAGCAAGUGUCAAACUAAACCUUGUGUCUAGAGCAGAUAGCAUAGACAUUAAAAUGUUGAAUGAGAACUACCCUAAGUUAUGUCAAGGGUUGGGUUUAAUGCAGCAACCUUAUACUAUAAAGUUGAAACCUGAUGCUGUGCCUUUUUCCCUUUCCACACCAAGACGCGUUCCCAUUCCUUUGUUGGGAAAAGUUAAAGAGGAACUGGAAAGAAUGGAGUCAAUAGGGGUGAUCAGCAGAGUUGAAGAGCCAACUGAAUGGUGCUCAGGUAUGGUCCCAGUGCCUACUAAGAGUGACUCAGUGCGCAUAUGUGUCGAUCUCACCCACCUCAACGAAGCAGUGUGCAGAGAAAAGUACAUCCUGCCUUCAGUUGAACAGACACUUGGAUCCCUGACUGGAGCAAAAGUCUUCAGCAAGCUCGAUGCAAACAGAGGCUUCUGGCAGGUUCCAUUGGCACCAGAGUCAGCACACUAUACAACAUUCAUUACCCCAUUCGGACGCUUCCAUUUUAACAGACUUCCGUUUGGGAUUGCCUCAGCCCCGGAACAUUUUCAGCGGAGAAUGUCAAUGAUUCUCAAUGGGCUGCCUGGCGUGGUUUGUCACAUGGAUGACAUCCUCAUCUGGGGGAAGGACCAACCAGAACACAACGCCAGACUUCACACAGUGCUAAAGAAACUUCAAGCGGCCGGUGUCACGCUAAACAUGGACAAGUGUGAACUGAGCACGCAACAGGUGAAGUUCCUGGGACACGUUUUGUCUGCUGAGGGAGUCAGACCAGACCCGGACAAAAUAAGAGCUGUGAUAGCAAUGAAGGAGCCGUCAAAUGUCAGUGAAGUGCGCAGCUUUCUUGGAAUGGUUAACCAGUUAGGAAAGUUUAUCUCUGGUCUGGCUGAAAAAGACAAGCCCCUGAGAGACCUGCUGUCAAAGAAAAACCAGUGGGUUUGGAGCCAUGCGCAGCAGAACGCUUUUGAUCAGUUGAAAAACGAGCUGGCAUCCACUCCCGUUCUCACACUCUAUGACCCAAACAAAGACUUGAAAAUGUCGGCAGAUGCCUCGUCUUAUGGACUUGGAGCAGUCCUAUUCCAGAAGGAGAGUGAGGAGUGGAGACCAGUAGCAUAUGCUUCACGUUCCUUAACAGAGACUGAGCAGAGAUAUGCACAGGUGGAAAAAGAAGCGCUUGGAUUAACGUGGGGAUGCGAAAGAUUCAAAGACUUUCUCAUCGGGAGACAUUUUUCCCUAGAGACUGACCACAAGCCACUUGUCAGCCUGUUGGGACAACAAGCACUAACAGAACUUCCACCCAGGAUUCAACGGUUCAGACUACGGCUCAUGAGUGACAACGGACCUCAGUUCUCUAGCCAACAGUUCAAAGAUUUUGCUGCAGCCUACGGUUUCAGACAUGUGACCAGCAGUCCAAGGUUUGCACAAAGCAAUGGUGAAGCUGAGCGUCAUGUCCAAACGGUAAAGGGACUACUCAAGAAGGCAAAAGACCCGUAUCUUGCACUUUUAGCUUACAGAGCGACCCCUUUGGCUAAUGGAUAUAGCCCAGCUCAACUUCUAAUGGGAAGAAGACUUCGCACUCCAGUGCCCCAGCUCCCUUCGUUACUUGUUCCCAGUCUACCGAACAAGGGCUUUGUGGCGUCAAGGGAAGGAGAGAUGAAGUUGAAAUACAGUGAGGGGUACAACAGGCGACAUCGUGUGAGAGAUCUUCCUCAACUGUCACCAGGACAACCGGUAUGGAUCACGGACACUAAGAGUGAAGGGACUGUCAUUUCUUCUCACUCAGCACCCCGCUCUUACCUGGUUGAAGGUCCUUCCGGAGCCAUCAGGAGAAAUAGACAUCAUCUACUGCCAAUGCCGGAAACUACACCAAAGAUGGCAAUCCCAAGUACACCUAUCAGUCCAACAGAGGAUACCUUACCAACACCAAACAUAAGUGAGUCCCCUGUCCAAACUCCAAAGGCAACAAGUCCUGUCAGAACAAGGUUUGGCCGUGUUGUCACAAGGCCACAAAAACUGGAUUUAUAAGCAUGUAUGUAUGAAAAGAAAAAGGAAAUGUUUAAGAGUGGUGUUACAUGAAAAGAAAAAG